UUUCCCCUGAGGAAGGCAGGACCAGGGUCUCUCACCCUCCUUGAGACCUUCCCCUCCACAGGUCCUUGUGGGGAUGGCCAGCCUCCUCUCUUGCAGGGCAAAGGAAAGACCCCUUCCUCUCAAGGAUCAUUCUUCCGCAGCUCAUCCUGCUGAGUAUUCGGACCUGGCCCAAGAGUGGAGCAUGGAACAAGAGGGAAUAGCCCCAGUGCCCUGGAGCAAGCCGUCCUGGGAAUCGGUGACAUUCAAGGAUGUGGUUGUGGCCUUUAGCCAGGAGGAGUGGUGCCUCCUGGACACUUCACAGAAGAAGCUGUAUAAAGAUGUCAUGCUGGAGAACUCCUGGAACAUGCUUUCCCUGGGGCUUCCAGUUCCCAAAGAAGAUUUGAUCUCCCAGUUGGACCAAGGGGAAGCACCAUGGAUGCUGGAGAGAGAAGAUUCAAUAAACUCCUGUUUAGGUGGGGGAGCCAGGCCUAAAACCAAGGAAUAUACUCCAAAGCUGAGCAUUUCCUGUGACUUGAAUUUGAAAGAACUCUGGGAUUACAAUAUCAAGUUAGAGAAAAAUCAAGGCAACUGGAAGAGUGAUUCCAGACAUUUAAAAAUUAUACUCAGACAAACUCCCAGUGAAGGGAGGGAUGAUAGAAGUUCUAGCCUGGGGUCAGCAAUUUCUGACCAACGAAGAUUUCCUGUAGAAAAUAUUCACAGUGAAUAUGACAAAAGUGGAAAGAGCUUCAGACAAAACUCAGAUCUAUUUCAAUAUAAGAAAAUAACCUCAGGAAAUGGCUAUUCCAAGUGUAGGACAUAUGGGGAAUGCUUUAAUCAGCCAUUAGCGCUUACUCAUGGUUAUGGGAAGCAUACUGGAGUGAAAGGUUUUCAAGGUAAUCACUGUAAGACAGCCUUGACCUUGAGCCCAGACUUUUUGGGGCAUCAGAAGAGUCAUAGUGGAGAAAUGCCUUAUAGAUACAAUGAACUUGGAACAGCUUUCUCCCAUCUCUCCUCUAUUACGGUACACCAGAGGGUUCAAACUGCAGAGAAAUGGAAUGAAUCUAAGAAAUAUAGGAAAGCCAUUUUUCAGAGUGAAGAUCUUAUUAAAUGUCAGAAAACUCACGGUGUAAAAAGGCCUCUUAAAUGUAAUGAGCAUCAGAAAGCCUUCAGCAGAGAUGGAGACAUUGUUGGAGAUCAGAACAUUCCUACUGGAGAGGAAUUCCAUAAAUACAAAGAAUAUGGGAGGCCCUUCAUCAGAAGUACUGACUUGAACAGUCAUCAGAAUAUGCACCAUGGAGAGAAGUCUUUUAAAUGUAAUAUAUGUGAGAAGGCCUUUAGCAAAAGUGCAAACCUUACUGUACAUAAGAGGAUUCAUUCGGGAGAGAAACUUUAUAAAUGCAGUCAAUGUGGAAAGACUUUUGGGAAGCUCUCCAACCUUGAUGUACAUCAAAGGAUUCAUUUUGGAGAAAAGCCCUAUAAAUGCACUGAAUGUGGAAAGGCCUUUAUCCAGAGCGCAUCCCUCAUUGCACAUCAGAGGAUUCAUUCUGGAGAGAAACCUUACAUAUGCAAUCAGUGUGGAAAGGCUUUCAGAAACCGAUCCAACCUUGCUGUACAUCAGAGGAUUCAUACUGGAGAGAAACCCUACAAAUGUUAUGAAUGUGGGAAGGCCUUCAGCCAGAGCAGACACCUUCAUAGACAUGAGAAUAUUCAUACUGGAGAAAAGUCCUACAAAUGUAAUGAAUGUGGGAAAGUCCUCAGCCAGAGCUCAUCCCUCACUGCACAUCAGAGGAUUCAUUCUGGAGAGAAACCUUGCAAAUGUAAUCAGUGUGGAAAGGCUUUUAGAAAGCUCUCCAACCUUGUUGUACAUCAGAGGAUUCACACUGGAGAGAAACCCUACAAAUGUUCUGAAUGUGGGAAGAACUUCAGCCAGAGUAGAGACCUUGUUCGACAUCAAAGGAUUCAUACUGGAGAAAAGCCUUAUAAAUGUAAUGAAUGUGAGAAGGCCUUCAAUCAGAGUAGAGACCUUUUUCAACACCUGAGGAUUCAUACUGGAGAAAAACCCUAUAAAUGUAACAAAUGUGGGAAGGCUUUUAGUCAGAGUGCAAACCUCAGUGUACACCAGAGAAUUCAUACUGGAGAAAAGCACUAUAAAUGUAACGAAUGUGGCAGGGCCUUCAGCCAGAAGUCAUCCCUUAUUGCACAUCAGAGAAUUCAUUCUGGGGAGAAACCUUAUAAAUGUGAUCAAUGUGGAAAGGCUUUUAGAAAACCAUCCAACCUUGCUGUACAUCAGAGGAUUCAUACUGGAGAAAAGCCCUACAAAUGUAACAAAUGUGGGAAGGCCUUCAGCCAGAGUAGGCACCUUCUUAGUCAUCAGAAUAUUCAUAUUGAAGAGAAGCCCUAUAAAUGUAAUGUAUGUGGAAGGGCCUUCAACCAGAGCUCAUCUCUUAGUGCACAUCAGAGGAUUCAUUCUGGAGAGAAAGCUUACAAAUGUAAUCAAUGUGGAAAGGCUUUCAGGAAGCCUUCCAAUCUUGAUGUACAUCAGAAGAUUCAUACUGGAGAGAAGCCUUACAAAUGUAACGAAUGUGAGAAGGCCUUUACCCAGAGUAGGGACCUUCUUCGACAUCAGAGGAUUCACACUGGAGAGAAGCCCUACAAAUGCAACAUGUGUGCAAAGGCCUUCACCCAGAGUAGGGACCUGAUUCGACAUCAGAGGAUUCAUACUGGAGAGAAGCCCUAUACUUGUAGUAAAUGUGGGAAGGCCUUCAGCCAGAGUGCCAACCUCAGUGUACAUCAGAGAAUUCAUACUGGGGAGAAGCCCUACAAAUGUAAUGAGUGUGAGAAGGCCUUCAGCCAGAGGUCAUCCCUCAUUGCACAUCAGAGGAUUCAUUCUGGAGAGAAACCUUACAAAUGUAAUCAAUGUGGAAAGGCUUUCAGAAAGCCCUCUAACAUUGCUGUGCAUCAGAGGAUCCAUACUGGGGAGAAGCCUUAUAAGUGUAAUGACUGUGGGAAGGCCUUCAGCCAGAGUAGAGAUCUUUUUAGGCAUCAGAAUGCACAUACUGGAAAGAAACCUUACAAAUGUAAUAAAUGUGAAAAUGCUUUUAGAAAGCCCUCCAAACUUGCUUGAAAUGGAGGUGCUCAAACUUGAAAGAGCCCUAGGCCAGUGGUUUGGAAAGCAUGGUCUGUGAAUCCCUGGCGGUGCUUGAGGCCUUUUCAGGGGCCUGAUCAGGUCAAGACUAUUUUUAUAAUAUUUAUAUAAGCCAUAUAAUUGGUACUCAUUUUGUUUCUUUUUGUAAUUUUCUAUUCUGACCAUAAAGAGCACCAAAUUACAUUUCUAUAUACAUAACUGAACACAAAUUAGAUUCUCUGUGAAAUCAGUUGGAGAAGGAAAUGGCAAAUCACUCCAAUAUCUAUGCCAAGAAAACCUCAGAUGGGGUCAUGAAGAAUGAGA